GCUGUUUUGAAAAUAAGAACCUGUAUCAACACCUGACAUCUAGAUCUAUUGCCAAACCUGAAAUAGAAUGAGCUUCUAUUCUUAAUAGGUUACGGAAUGCUUAGAACUGUCCCAUAUGCUCCUACUGUGCAAAGACUAUUGGCAAAUGUGCAGCCACUAAGAACAACUAAUUACCCAAGAUUUGGUACAAUAUUAAGGCAGACAUCUGCGACUAAUAACAGCAGAUACUUAUACUCUAAAUGCAUAUUCAGGGCCAUGGCUACUUCAUCAGGGGAUCAGGCAAGAGGAACCAACAGACUGGCUAUGGAGAAGUCCCCGUAUCUACUACAGCAUGCAAAUAACCCUGUAGAUUGGUAUCCAUGGGGCAGGGAGGCAUUUGAGAAAGCUAGGGCUGAGGAUAAACUUAUUUUCCUAUCAGUUGGGUAUUCUACCUGUCAUUGGUGUCAUGUGAUGGAACAUGAAUCAUUUGAGGACCAGGAAAUUGGAGAUAUUCUAAAUGAAUACUUUGUCAGCAUUAAGGUGGACAGAGAGGAACGUCUUGAUGUGGACAAAGUCUACAUGACAUUUAUACAAGCCACAUCAGGCGGAGGUGGUUGGCCUAUGAGCGUGUGGCUGACCCCAGAUCUAAAACCAAUAGUUGGGGGCACAUACUUCCCACCAGAUGGAAAGUAUGAGGGCAGACCAGGCUUCAAGACAAUUCUGUUAAAGAUUGCAUCAGAAUGGGCCAAGGACCAUAAAAUAAUAUCAGAGAAAGGCACAUCUAUUCUUGACACUUUGCUACGUCAUUCUGACAUAAAACCUGUUCCUGAAACAGUUGUAGACAUUAAUGCCAUCUAUAAAUGCUUCCAAAUGUUCGAUGCACAAUUUGAUAAAGACCUUGGUGGAUUUGGAAAAGAACCUAAAUUCCCGCAACCAGUUAACCUCAAUUUUCUGAUGCGUCUUUAUGCCUUCCAACCAGCAUCUAUUAAAGGAGCCGAAUGUCUGAAGAUAUGUGGUCAUACCCUCAAUAUGAUGGCUAAAGGUGGAAUACAUGACCAUAUAGCUCAGGGAUUUCAUCGCUACAGCACAGACAGGGAGUGGCACGUCCCUCACUUUGAGAAGAUGCUGUAUGACCAGGGGCAGCUAACGGUGGCGUAUGUUAACAUGUACCAAAUAACUAAGGAUGAAGCAUUUGCAGAGAUGGCUAGAGAUAUACUGAUGUACAUGCAGAGAGAUCUGAGUCACAAGUCAGGGGGCUUCUACAGUGCUGAAGAUGCAGAUUCCCUACCUACUCACAAUUCUGUCAAGAAAACUGAAGGUGCUUUCUGCGUAUGGACUGAAAAGGAGGCUAGGAGCUUACUUACUGAUGUAGUAGAUGAGAGAAAUAAUAUCACAAUGGCUGAUGUUGUGUGUUCACAUUAUAACAUCAAACCUGAUGGAAAUGUUGAUCCAGCAAAGGAUGCACAUGGGGAUCUUGCAGGACAAAACGUGUUAAUUGUGAGAGGUUCUGUGAACCACACAGCCAUGCAGUUUGACCUCACCAUACCAGAGACUAAUGUUAUACUUCACAAAGGCAGGAAGAUUCUGCAUGAGUCAAGGCUAAGCCGGCCAAAACCUCACUUGGACAAUAAGAUAAUUACUGCUUGGAAUGGUCUUGCCAUAUCAGCAUUUGCAAAAGCUGGCGCAGUGUUAGGCCAGAUCGAGUACAUUGAAAGAGCAACAGAGGCCGCACGGUUUCUACAGCAACACAUGUACAAUUCGGAAACAGGCGUCUUGCUUAGGAGCUCCUAUGUCGACCAGGAUGGAAAUAUUGCUCAAAUUCCCAACCCUAUCAAUGGCUUUGCAGAUGACUAUUCUUAUUUGAUUCGUUCACUUUUGGACCUUUAUGAAAGUUGCUAUGACAUCAGUUGGCUUGAAUGGGCAGCUAAGCUCCAGAGAACUAUGGACUCACUAUUCUGGGACAAGGAAUUUGGUGGCUACUUUACCAGUGCAGCUGAUGACAGCUCAAUUGUGAUGAGGCUAAAAGAAGAUGCAGAUGGUGCUGAGCCAAGUGCCAACUCUGUGGCUGCCAGUAACUUGUACAGACUUUCACACUACUUCAAUGACGCUGGGUACAGUGCUAAGGCACAGCAGAUUCUCAAUUUAUUUGCAGACAGGUUGAAUGUGAUCCCUAUGGCACUACCAGAGAUGCUAUGUUCCCUCUUCUACUCUCUGGAGACACAAAAACAGAUUAUAAUACAGGGGGACCCAAAAGUAGAUACAACAAAGAGACUAUUAGAGGAAGUGCACCAGCACUAUAUUCCAAACAAAGUCUUGAUUGUUGCUGAUGGAAAUAAGGACAACAUCCUCUGUGAAAAUAUACCAAUUUUGAACAGUAUGAAAAGUAAAGAUGGCCAAGCAACUGCUUAUGUAUGUGAAAACUAUACAUGUGCCCAACCCGUGAACACCGCUGAGGAAUUACACAAGCUUCUGAUUGAGAAAUCAUGA